UCUUGCCCCUGCGCCGAGGCGGCCCCUCUGCCCCGAGCCCAGCCCUCCUCCUCGCCGCCGCGCAGCAGCAGCCGGGCUGUACUCAGCCCUCCUGGCUCGCCCUUCGAGGAGCACCCGGCCCCUUCCGUCCGCCGGCGCUGCGGUGCUGCUCGGCUCCGCAUCCCCUCCGUUUCCCCGUUGAUACGUUCUGCAGCUCUUCACUCGUUCCGCAUUCGUUUUCCUCCAGGUCUCGCUUGGCCGUCCCCCUUGGUGGGAGACUGAGAUGGCAUUUAGUUUUCCUGGGGAAAACCACAGUGAGCGUUGUGAGAAACAUAAGAGCGAAAUGCACACGCCCCGCUGUCCCGCUGCGUGCCCCUCUCCCGGCUGUCCCCAGCUCGGGGACAUCCCAAGCUGAUGGUGAUUUCUCUGUGUUCAGAAGCAUUCGGCUCUUUGUGCUCCUCCAGCCGUCUGCUGGUGGGGCCGUGUCAGCUCUUCAUGCACGGAGCAGUCUUUGGUAGGAAGACCCCUUCAGGGAGCGAUGUGCCUCAAGCCGGCUCCGGUAUCCUCAUGUGAGUCAUGGGGCUGUAUGCGGAUACCUGUCCUAUCAUUUUUGCAGACCAAUGACAGUAUCCUAACUUGCGCGCUGAGCCUUGUAUGGGAGCCGCUGCAUGCGCCUUUGAUUGUUCUUUUGGUCCAUCUCUGAACGUUUCCAACUUCUCUAUCCAUCUUUCAGUGGCAGAGCAGGAACUGCAGACAGCAGUCGCUUUACAGGCAGCAAAUGGAUUACUAGAGUGGCGCACAGGAGCAAGGAGACUGCCAGAGAUACUCACAACUAAGUGGAAUGUGUUCUGUAGGCAAGAGUUAAAAAUGUAUUGAGAACUUGCAGGGAACUAAAGAACAAUCUUGGAUGACAAAUUGCUUGCUGAAUAGAGAGGUGUGACAGAGACUGUGUCAUUAGAUCAGACUCUCACAUUAUUUUUAGUCAUCACCUUGUUUGACUUUAAUUUCACCCCAAGUGUAGGAUUCAUAGGAGUGGAAACAAUGUUUUUCUUGUUAGAGGCAGCUGCAAAUGAAACAGAAACAGCAUGCUUGGACCUUUUGUUAUUACUGCUUCUUGAGGGGAGGAUCUAUUGAGCUUUAUUUGCUGACUGAGGUAUAGCCGUUCCAGAAUUAGGAUUUUUACUUGCUUUUUCUUCAGAAGUUUUCUAUUGCUUCUGCUAACCCUGGCCUUUACAGGCAUCUUACAUCUUACACUCCCAGUUUGGCUCACUAAUAUGCUAGAGAAAUGAUGAAAAUGCAUUUUCUGCCAGUGUUUUUGCUGCCAUCACAUUGCUUGUAACCAGGAUGACAAGGCCAGGCGGUUGGAUUUGCAAGCAGUCUGCCUGUUCUGGUGCUCUAAAUACUUUCUCCAGUGUUAUCUUCUGUGAUACAAGUGACUUCACAUUGGAUUACACUGUGUUUACACUGCCGAUGGACUUAAUGCACAGCACAUGAAGAGGUACCAGUGUGUCUUUCAUUUUGGUUUGACAUCAUGGUAGAUGUGACAUUGAAUGACUUAAAUGUUGUUUUGCCUAAUGUUUUUCUAAUCCUUGUUCUAUUGAAGAAGCUGAGUAUUUUCUGUUCAUUCCAUGAAACGUGGUGCAAUUGAGAUCUUGGUCUGCUUAGAAUAAUUUGUAAUUAUUUGAAAAUCCUGUUAGAACACAAAUGCAGGUACACUGUUAUGGGCAGACACUGCUUUAACAGUUUGCUUAUAUUACUGUCUUGUUUCUAACUUAUAAAUCUAAGCACUGGGAUUUAAAAGUAGACCAAUUUCGAUGUGAAGUAAUGUACCAGCAGAGUCAUUAUCAGCUUUAUUGGGGAUUGGAAGAUAGACACUGCAGCUGAAAGUGGGAUGGCUGUAUGAAAGGGAUGCUUUAAGUCCAGAGGAGAGCACUGGUUGGAGUUCUGGAGCCACUGUUGGACAGUAGGUCAGUGAGAUGAAAAUUCUGGAGUGUGAUUACAGUUAAAACUGAAUGGAAGUGGCACCGAUUUCUUCCAGUGGCAAUGCCAGCUUACCUACUCUUUCUCUUUCCUUCAUUUGUAUAACGUGUUCACCAGGGAGUAAAGCAGCUAACCUUCGUUUGGGCUCUGGGCAAUCCCAGAGUAUGGCCUCCAGAGAAACCAAUUGGUUUUGCAAAGGAAUAUCAUACACAUUGGUUUCUGUAUUGUUGCACUGUUAUUGGAGUUAUGCACAUGAAAUACCUUAGCUGAGUGUUUUUGUCAAAUACGUUUGCUGUGCGGCUGAACUGUAGCAGUAACUGGCUGUUACCUGCUGCCACAUGGAUUUCUCAGGGUGCAAUUUCAGGAAUUCUGUUGCAAUAACUUCCUAAAAAAUGUCCUCAGGGGCAGCAGACCUGCGGCAGAGAAGGAAACAAAACUGCACAGAAUCUGACAAAAUGGCUCCAGAGGAGAGAAACAAAGAAAACUCUAAGCUGGGAAGAUCGCCAAAAUGAACUUGAACGAGAAAUUACAUUUCAGGGUGACAGCGCCAUUUAUUACUCAUUCUAUAAAGAACUGCUAAAGGCUCCUUCCUUUGAAAGAGGUGUUUAUGAGUUGACACACAACAAUAAGACAGUAUCACUGAAGACAAUAAAUGCAGUCCAGCAGAUGACCUUGUACCCAGAGUUGAUUGCCAGUGUAUUAUAUCAAGCUUCUGGUAGUGAAGAAGUUAUUGAGCCAGUGUAUUUCUACAUUGGUAUAGUUUUUGGACUGCAGGGAAUUUAUGUGACUGCAUUGUUUGUAACCAGUUGGGUUAUGAGUGGGACUUGGCUGGCAGGAAUGCUGACUGUAGCAUGGUUCAUUAUUAACAGGACAGAUACAACAAGAAUUGAUUACUCCAUACCAUCAAGGGAAAAUUGGGCUUUGCCAUAUUUUGCAUGUCAAGUAGCAGCUCUCACAGGCUAUUUAAAAAAAAACCUAAGUUGUUCUGCAGAGAAAUUUUGUUACCUUUUGGUGAGUGCUUCAACAUACACCUUCAUGAUGAUGUGGGAGUACAGUCAUUAUCUCCUGUUUGUCCAGGCUGUGUCUCUUUUUCUGCUUGACAGCUUUGCACUGGCACAGACAGAGAAGGUGCAUGAAGUGUACAAAAUCUACUUGUUUUCUCUCUUCUUGGGGUAUUUAUUGCAGUUUGAAAAUUCGGCCUUACUAGUAUCGCCAUUACUAAGUCUUGUAGCAGCUUUAAUGCUCUCUAAAUACCUUCAGAUGAACGUGAAGAAAGGUACAGUUAUGUCAAGGUUGCUGAAAAUGAUGUACAUUUAUUUGGUACUUACAGUAACACUGACACUAAACUUGUUACUAAAGAUGUUUGUUCCUCAUAAAGAAAAUGAGCAUUUGCUGAAGUUUCUUGAGAUAAAACUUGGCUUAAACACAACUAAGCUGUGCAACCCUGCAUUGAAGGUGGUGAUUGAAACAAACUGGAUGCAACUACUCCUGGAAAGUUUUGUAACUAAAUGCUGGAAUUGUGGUUUGCAGCAUAAAAACUUCAAGAUCUGUCUUUUAAGGAAUUUUACAAUGAAUUGGCUCCUUUGUCAAGAAUCUCUUCAGGCACCCUCCCAAGACUUUUUUUUGCGGCUAACACAGUCAUCGCUGUUGCCUUUCUAUAUUUUAGUAUUAAUUAUCUGCCUUUUUUCUGUAACUCAGGUCGUUUUUAGGAGAAUUUGUGGUGAACCACUGAAAGAGACAGUUAAACUUGAGGAUGGUCGAAUUGGAGAGAGGCCAGAAAUAGUUUAUCAUGUAAUUCACACAAUUUUACUUGGUUCUCUAGCGAUGUGUUUGGAAGGAAUGAAAUAUCUGUGGACUCCAUAUGUUUGCAUGCUUGCUGCAUUUGGUGUGUGCUCUCCUGAACUUUGGAUGACGCUCUUCAAGUGGCUGCGACUGAAAGCUGUGCAUCCAAUACUGCUGGCUCUCAUUCUGAGUAUGGCAGUUCCCACAAUAAUUGGAUUCAGCUUGUGGAAAGAGUUUUUCCCUAGGAUAAUGACAGAGCUUUCAGAACUACAGGAAUUCUAUGAUCCUGAUACAGUAGAACUUAUGACGUGGAUAAAAAGACAAGCUCCUGUGGCUGCUGUGUUUGCAGGCAGCCCACAGUUAAUGGGUGUGAUUAAGCUUUGUACUGGAUGGAUGGUGUCAAGCUUGCCUUUAUAUAAUGAUGAUGAUCUUCUAAAAAGAAAUGAAAAUAUUUAUCAGAUAUAUUCAAAGAGAUCAGCAGAGGAUAUUUAUAAGAUACUUACAUCUUACAAAGCCAAUUUUUUGAUUAUUGAAGAUUCAAUCUGCAAUGAAGUGGGACCUGUAAGAGGAUGUAGAGUUAAAGAUCUAUUGGAUAUUGCCAAUGGUCACGUGGUUUGUGAGGAAGGCGACAGUUAUGCCUAUUCAAAAUACGGACGAUUUUGUCAUGAAAUCAAAAUGAACUAUUCUCCAUAUGUGAAUUAUUUCACUCGAGUAUACUGGAAUAGAUCCUACUUUGUGUAUAGGAUCAACACUGUGAUAUCCUUCCAAUCAUGAAAAAGCAUGCAAGCUUCUUUUUGAGGAUUGACUGUGAUGGAAUUCAGUUGGAAAAAUUCCUUUUGAUUGAGAAAAUUAUUUUUACAGAUACACGUGGGUGUGGUGUACUGACCAGUUUUUCUUUUUCUUUUUUUUUUUUUUCCACCAAACUGGAGCUGUUUGAACUCUACAGGCCAACUAUUACAGAUACCUUCUUUGAAGGAACCAGGAAAAUUUGACAAUUUUACAAUAUCCACAAGAAAGUGUGACAGUCUGCCAUGUUCUUGCAUUUGUCUUCCCAUUGUAAAUCAUGGUAAUCUUCAUUUAACAGACAUUUCUAACUUCAGUGUUAGAGGGCUGAUGUGGAUAGACUUUGGAAAAAGUUAUGUUGAAGAGCUCGUUUAAGUCAUGUAGUCUUUAUUUUCUAGUAAGAAAUCAAGUGGUAUCCUAAGUCUUCAAGUGUUUGGGUUUGUUUAAUAUUUUUCUUUGGUUAGUGUGUUUUUUUUUAUUCUUACUGUUUUCCACUAUAAACACUGCUAUUUUUAUUGAACACAUUCAUACACCUUAUGUGUAGGUAAAGUAUUUGUAUAAAUCAAAUAAGGAAGAUUUUAUUUAAACAAUUCCAUAGAUGAAGGCACUGGUCUCUGCAUUGUUGGAGACGUGUUGGUGGAAGUGCUUGGACUUGGAUAGAGCUGUAGAAGUUGACAAAGUCAGAGUUUCAGUUUGGAAAGAACUUGACUUCAGGAUUUUUGCAUGCUUACAUAUGUAUGCGUGUGAGCGUUAUGUGUGUUUUAGCAGCCGUCGGAAUGGGCCAGUAUACAACACUGUGCUGUACUUGUCUACAGACAACUAGGUUUGCUACUGAGACUGCUGCACUUCACUCCUGUGUGCGAGCUGGUGUAUGUGUAUGUGUGUGUGUAUGGCCAGGGAUGGGUGAUAGUCAUUUCAUUCAACUUAUUAUUUCAUGAUAGAUUAAGGUAGUGUCAUAACUGUAAUUUUAAACACCAUCAUUGAUCAGUAAUGGCACAGUAGUUCAUAGCUAUUUUUACACUGAUUAUGCAGCUAUGCUGGGAAUUUUGAAGAUGUGGGAAAGUACUCUGCAGUCUUGCUUCACUCCAAAACUUGCCUUCGUUGUAGGACCCCGUUUGUCUCUAUGACUUCCUUAAAUUUUCUGUUCAUCCUUUUUUGUUGCUAGCUGAUGUACUUUCAGGAGAAUGAAUGAUGCUUUAAUUCCAGCUGUGGGCCUAAUCCUGGUGUUGUGAAUGGAUAACUCAACAAAAGGUAAUGGUAACUUUGCUUAUGUAGGUGCAGCUGGACAGAAAGCCAGGACUUAAGUUCUGGGAGAGGUUCCUCACCACCAGGAGUCACAUGCGGUUAUGGAUUCUUGUAACAGCUGGCCCAGAGGCCGCUCUAUCAGGCAUGUGGAAUGAUUCUUUGGAGUCCAGAUGUCUUUAAAGAAACAUCUGGCUUUGAUAGGAUGAACCUUCAACUGAACAAUCUGUAAACCAUUCUGCAAAUGAAAGCUGCAAAACUAUCCCUACUGCAUUUGUUGAUUAAAAUGCAAAUUCAGAGGUGUUGACUCUGAAAUUGUUAGGAACUGCAACGUGUUGAUGUAUAUGCAUGAUACCUAUCUGCUGUAUGCAGAUAUGUUGUUUACUUUACAGUAAGAGAUAGUGCUGAGGUUUCUAAACAUCUAUUAUCACUAUUGGAGUGAUUUAAAAGAGAAAGGCUUUACUGUUGUAAAUGUCAAUGUGUCUGUAAUCUGUUUCUUUUUGUUGUUGUUGUUGUUGUUGUUUUAAUCUGGUUAUAUUUUUAGGCCUGUGAGUUUAGACCAAAUAUUAAAAUGAUUCAUUUUAUUUGAAACCAUUGCUCAGAUAAAUCCAUCAAAAGUAUCUGAUGCGAUCAUUGAGAAACAUCAGUGUAAGUGAGUUACAAGUUAGAAGUAAAUAUCCUUUCUAGGGAUACAGUCAUUGAGCUGAGGAUGGCGUGCUUGUCUCUCUGGCCAAAUGCAGCCUGUUUAUUUGUUUAUGCAGGAGUGUGUCUGUUUUUCCGCACUGUUACAGUUUCAGACUUUUCAGUUACAAUAUCAAGAGAAGCUUGUGUAGUAACUUGGGUUAUGGCAGGCACAGGAACUUUGUGCGUGCCAUAGAGUUAAUAAUUGGAAGUGUAGAGUUCCAUAUACAACUUAAAAUUUGUUUGAAUCACCGUCUGGAAUUACAUGUCAGUGAUCUGCUCUCUUGAAGCUGAUUGUUCAUGAAGACCAUUUCAUACCAGCAAUAAGGCAUUCCAGGUACCACAUUUCAGGCUUACAGUUGCACUUGGGUGGAUGAAGCCGCUCAGCUUAUGGCUUCUUGCCUUAUAAUGCCACACCAAGGUGCAGCAUUCAAUUAUCCUGGACUGCCUGUUGUCUUUUACUGCGACGCUGUAUGUAUGCGUCACCACACAGAGCAUAGUUUGAAUGCUUACAUGUGGAGCACAUCUGUUAAGAAAAUCACAAAUGAGGCCAACCGUAUAUCUAAGGAAAUUACAUAUGUUGUAGCACAUUGGCCUUUAUACAUGUUUGAAUGAACAUGUUGAACUUUAUUUGAACUGUGACAUAGUUAUUAUUAGUCUUGUCAUAAAGAUGUAUUCUUGAUACUUCAAUUGAUUCUGCAUUAGGAGAAUCAUUUAAGAUUUUUACCUUGCUUUUUAUAUUAGAGAAGAUUGUAUAGCAGCAUCAUUGGCGCGGCAGCCUUAAGUAACAGAGAAGCAGCCUUUUGCUGGGAGAAACGUUGCUGUUGUCCCAGUCAGAAGGCACGGAAGAUUCAUAUCUUAUGAAGAAAAUGAUAUUCUUGAAUUUCUUAUCCAGUUAUGGAUUAACGAAAAUACUAUUGUCUGUUCUAAUCUCCACCUUCUGUGGAAAAAGAUGGAAGCAGUAAGUUAGUGGUAUCCCUCGGAAGGACGGAAGUAGGGUAUAACCACACCUGACUUGUGCACACCACCCUAGCUCGGUUUUCAACCCAGGCCGUGGGUUUCAGUUCUGGAGAGGGCUGGGGGAAUGUUUUGCAAAUUUCGACCUGUUUUGCUGUAGCUGUUGCAAUUCAGUUGAAACAUGUGCCUUGCGAGCUUUUAUUAAACAAACAAAAAACUCCC